CUUGGAACGUGCGGUGUAGACGCGGCGUUUAAAGCGGCUUCUCACUGGUGCUUGUGCUUGUGCUCGUACUCGUGAUCCCAGCCCAAAACAAGAAUGAUACAUCUUACAUUCCCCCUGGAAACAGCAACAAAAAUCACAACAAUCUUCAUCCUCCCUCCCCCCUUCUCCCACCACCUCGCAGAGUCGCAGUAACACGAAGAAAAAAAACAAAAAAUGGUCUUUUUCAUAUCCAGCAUCUACAGCUACCUCGCCAGCUUCUUCUCGGCGUCCCCCGCUCCCACUGCCGCCGCCCCCACUGCGUCCUCUACGAAUAACUCAAAACACACUUCCCGUCCCGCCCUCGACGGGCCAAGUCUGAGCACGCUCCCCCCCUACCCGCCUACGAGAGAAGAAGCUCUGUACCCACCGUGUCCGCUCGACGGAGAAACCGCCAUGUCGGCUAGUGUUGAGCAGCUGGUGAAGGAAGCCAAGAUGGUGGUGCCGAAGGAUGCUUGAACGGGGAGUCGGGGACGGGGCUUCUUUGCAUGGAGGUGUGGAGUGUCCAUUUUGAGGUUCCGCCGUUUGUUUCGUUCGAGCGAUUACUCUAGAUAUCAUGCGUGUUUUCCGUGCUCUGUUUUUUCUUUCUGUAUUCUUGCUGUACUGGUACUUGAGGUCGUCGUCGUCGUGCCCGUCAAAAUUUACACCCUGCUUCUCCCCCACACGUGAGCCGUGACGCACCCGUGUAACAUCACGCCGAAUGCGCGAAUCCGGG